GCCUCCAUCUCCCCGCCCCAUCCGCCGUCCCUCCCCGCCCCCGCCACUGCCCCCGCCGACCCAUGAUAACCCGCCGUGCGGCGGCGGUAGCCCUACGCGCCUCCCUGCGCCGCGCCUGCUCCUCCCACGCCGCCGACUCCGGCGACCUCCUGCCUGGCCUCGUCGACCAACCCGCGCCGCGCUCCGGGCCGCGCCUCUCCCACCACGAUUUCGCCUUUAUUAGGGACCCUGCCCCCGCGCCCCCCGCCGCCGUCCUCCCGCCCCCGGAGGCCGUCCUGAUCUCCAAGGCGGUGCGGGCCUACGGCGCCGACUUCGACGGCAAGGCGGAGCGGUUCCUGCGACGGUACCGCGAGUUCCUCACCGAUUCCGUCGUGGUCGCGGUGCUCGGGGCGGUGCGCUCCCCGGAGCUGUGCGUCAGGUUCUUCCUCUGGGCCGAGCGGCAGGUGGGCUACAAACACACUGGUGCCUGCUACGACGCGCUCGCCGAGGUCUUGGGGUUCGAAGACCCCGCCAGGACCGCUGAGAGGCUGCUUAGGGAGAUUGGGGAGGAUGAUCGUGAUGUGCUCGGCAGAUUGCUCAAUGUGCUGGUGCGGCGCUGCUGCCUCCAGGGCCUGUGGGGCGAGGCCCUGGAGGAGCUUGGCAGGCUGAAGGACUUCGGGUACAGGCCGUCCGCGGUGACCUACAAUGCACUGGUGCAGGUGCUCGCGAGCGCGGGGCAGGUGGAAAUGGCGUUCCGGGUGCAGAAGGAGAUGUCUGCAUCAGGGUUCUGCAUGGACAGGUCCACGGUGGGAUCAUUUGCGCAGGCGCUGUGCAAGGAGGGGCGUUGGGGCGAUGCACUUGACUUGUUAGAGAGGGAGGAUUUUAAGCUCGACACGGUGCUGUGCACCCAGAUGAUCAGUGGACUGAUGGAGGCCUCCCUUUUCAAUGAGGCCAUGUCAUUUCUUCAUAGGAUGCGGUGCAACUCGUAUAUCCCGAACGUGGUAACUUAUAGGACGCUGCUCACAGGGUUUCUGAAAAAGAAGCAGCUUGGCUGGUGCAAGAGAAUCAUUAACAUGAUGAUGACAGAGGGUUGCAAUCCAAGCCCUUCGUUGUUCAAUUCACUUGUGCAUACUUACUGCAAUGUUGAGGAUUAUGCAUAUGCGUAUAAACUGUUUAAUAGGAUGAAUACCUGUGGUUGUCCUCCUGGUUAUGUUGUAUACAACAUAUUUAUUGGAAGCAUUUGUGGCCGAGAAGAAUUGCCAAAUCCUGAGUUGUUGGAUUUGGCAGAGAAAGUUUAUGAGGAGAUGCUGGUUGCUAGUUGCGUUCUCAAUAAGAUUAACACUGCCAAUUUUGCUCGGUGCCUUUGUGGUGUGGGAAAAUUUGAGAAGGCAUUUCAGAUCGUGAAGGAGAUGAUGAGGAAAGGCUUUGUUCCUGAUGCAAGCACGUACACUAAAGUGAUUACUUUUCUGUGCCAGGCUAAGAGGGUAGACAAGGCUUUCCUUUUAUUUCAAGAGAUGAAGAAGGUAGGUGUUAAUCCGGAUGUGUACACAUACACAAUUUUGAUUGAUAGCUUUUGUAAGGCUGGUCUCAUUGAACAAGCCCAGAGCUGGUUUGAUGAGAUGAGAAGCGCAGGCUGUUCUCCAAAUGUAGUAACAUAUACUGCAUUGCUUCAUGCUUACCUAAAAUCGAAGCAGCUCUAUCAGGCUAAUGAUAUUUUUCAUAGAAUGGUUGGUGAUGCCUGUUAUCCAAAUGCCAUUACGUAUAGUGCACUAAUUGAUGGCCUCUGUAAGGCAGGCGAAAUCCAAAAGGCUUGUGAAGUCUAUGCCAAAUUAAUAGGAACUUCUGACAAUAUAGAAUCUGAUUUCUACUUUGAAGGAAAGGACACAGACACCAUUUCUCCAAAUGUUGUCACCUAUGGUGCACUUGUAAAUGGUUUGUGCAAAGCUCAAAAGGUGUCUGAUGCUCAUGACUUGCUAGAUGCUAUGCUAGCAGCUGGCUGUGAGCCCAACCAGAUUGUCUAUGAUGCUCUGGUUGAUGGUUUUUGCAAAGUUGGAGAAAUUGAUAGUGCUCAGGAGGUCUUUCUGCGGAUGACUAAGUGUGGUUACUUGCCUAGUGUGCAUACAUACACGUCCUUGAUUGACCGGAUGUUCAAGGAUGGGAGACUUGAUCUUGCAAUGAAAGUUUUGUCUCAAAUGCUAAAGGAUUCCUGUAAUCCUAACGUUGUCACUUACACGGCUAUGGUUGAUGGGCUCUGUAAAACAGGUGAAACUGAAAAAGCCCUAAACCUGCUGUCAUUGAUGGAAAAGAAGGGGUGCAGUCCAAAUGUUGUAACUUACACUGCCCUAAUAGACGGACUAGGGAAAGCUGGUAAAGUUGAUGCAGGUCUUGAGCUUUUUAUGCAAAUGAAGACAAAAGGAUGUGCACCCAACUAUGUUACAUACAGAAUACUGAUAAACCAUUGUUGUGCUGCUGGUCUUUUGGACGAUGCCCAUUUACUGCUUGAUGAGAUGAAGCAGACCCACUGGCCAAAGUAUCUGCAAGGAUACCGCACCACAGUUCAGGGGUUCAGCAAGAGGUUUCUCGCCUCUCUUGGUUUGUUGGAGGAGAUGGAAUCACAUGACACAGCACCAAUAGCUCCUGUUUAUGGGAUGCUCAUUGAUAGCUUCUCCAAGGCUGGUAGACUGGAGACAGCCUUGGAGUUGCACAAAGAGAUGAUGGAAGUCUCGUCAUCCCUAAAUAUGGCCAGCAAGGACAUGCACACCUCAUUAAUCCAGGCACUUUGUUUAUCCUCUCAAGUUGAAGAAGCAGUUGCAUUAUAUAGUGAAAUGAGAAGGAGAGGCAUUGUGCCAGAUUUAAGUGCAUUUGUUUGUCUCGUAAAGGGACUAAUUGAAAGGAAUAAGUGGAAUGAAGCUCUUCAGUUGUGUUACGGCAUAUGCCAGGAGGGUGUGAACUGGGAGGGUAACAAAUUCUGUGAUGGAGGAUAGAACUGUGGUACCUUACUACAUUAUAACCUCCAAAAUUCUCUCCUAAGAAGUCAUAUCUCUACAUCUCAUGCUUUGCUGUAAGGUGUGGUGUGAUCCAGUCACCCUGAGGCAAAAAUGUGCAACUCAGGGAUGACUGAAGAAGAACAUCAACCAGGACAUGGAGCAGCACUGUAAAGAGAUAAGAUCGAUUCUUAAGCUACAUGUUGGCAUAUAUGACAUGUAUGGGUGCUGCUGCUGCUGCUGAGGAUGAUUGAAAACCUUCAGUACACUGUAUGCAGUCAAAUUGCACUCACGUAAGCACAACCUUUUGUAAAGAGACAACAGAACUUUAUUUGUCAAUAGUGGUAGCUAAGGUCGUUACCGGCUUAGCUUCAUAUCCUGUGACAUCACACAAUGCAAAUUCCAUCCCAUUUUGAUGAGGGGUGGCUGGUUCAUCUUCAGACGGACAAAGAAAUUUCACUGGCUAUCAGGAUUUGUCUUUGUACAUAAGAUGGUGACGGUUACAGAAGUCUCGCUGGUGGUGAAGAUAACAUGAAAGUUCCAUAACCCUUCUUUAUUCAUCAUUUCAGAGAUAUACCAUAUGGAACAAUACAAUUUCUUUGAUAUGAUUUACUUGAGUACCUUCAUGUUCUGCUUUAGUGGUAGAGCAACAGAGAUGCUCUGUGAUCGCAUGAAUAUAAUCAAAUAUCUUUCAGCCUUUUGUUA